AUUCCAAAGAUAACCACACCAAAUCCUUCUCACUUCCAUUACCUAACCUACGUCUUCCUCACCUCGCCAUGCCCACCAUCGCAGUGUUGGUCCCCACUACCUUGCAGUUAAAAACUUAGACAGUUGCAUUGACGACGACGACGACGACAUUGUAGUAUUGGAUUGCGCAGUAGUUGCUGGAGGGAUGCGUAAUCUGAUGGGUUGUUGUUGUUGUUGUUGUGAAUGGUGUUCCAUUUUCCUCUAUCCUCUCUCUCUGCAUUGCUGAGGUUCAAGUUCACGUUCUCAUUCGACGAGUGGGUUCCAAAUUCGCAGACAGGAAGACUUUUGUGUGAGUGUUAUUGAGUUAUGUACAAUGUUUACUAGAAAUUCAGUCGGGGGCGGUUUGAGAAUGGAAAGAUUGGCGAUGGGGAGGAUGGUGAUGACUAGUCCCUGCAGCAAUGUUGCGGAGUUGGCAAUUCGAGCGUCCUCAUGUCGGGUUACACAAAUCCUGAUUGUGAGUAGUAGCUCGCUACGGAUUAAGAUGAAUAGCACGCUGUCUAGUAGUUUUUUAAGGAUUCCUUAUCUUCGACAUAGCCAUUCAAGAGAGUGCUUACCAUUAGUGCACUGUUCCAAGGGAGAUGAUGAAAAUCAUGAGUCUUCCUCCGAGGGUUCUGAAAACUCAAGGUUCUGGCACCAUAGCCAGGAAGAUCUUGUGGGUCACCAUGGCGCUGGAUUACCACAAUCCGACUUAUCAGAUGGCGCGGAGCUAAAUAGGUCAAGGCGAGAAAAUUCUGAAUUGCGAGCUUCUUUGGGAGAGUUAUCGCAGUCUCUGGCGUCAAUCUCUGCAGCUUUGUCCGAAGUCUCGAGAGCUGUGCAGCUUGUGGCUAAUUCAGUUGACUGUGGACCUGCGGCAAACCGACUUGUUGUGUCAGAGGCUCCCCCUACUGUAGAGAUGUCCGCAGUUCCGCCAGAAAUCGUAGCUGAACAAGAGUCACUGCGACUGCCAACUGGCGCAGAAAUGCCAGACAUUACAGAAAUUCCCGAAAUUGAAGAUCCUGCAGAGAAACAAGCUAUGGAGCAAAAUAUACGGGCUCAUAAGCUUGCAUAUAAGAUACAGCGAGCAUUUUUCCAGGCCCGAAUAGAAGGCUUAGGAAAACCUUUCGAGCUUGCAGUAGACGAUUUUGUAUCAACCUGUUUGGAGGCGCACGCGAUGGGGAUCGGACUGAAAGAACUGCAGCUGCAACUCAUUUUAUUAGAAGGAUCCCUGACAGGUGCAUUUUCGAUCCAGAACCAGCGGUACUCGGACGAUCCAAUCAUGAGCGAGGAGAGUAGGGUGCGAUCUUCAUGGGUUCGUCUUGUUUUCUCGACAUUGGCCCAGGUUAAGGAAAGGUCUCGACCCGAGCCUGACGCUAGCAAAGAGGAGAGAGAAGAUGAACCUUCAGAUGAUUUUGUCAAUCAAUUGGUGACACUAGCAUUCGAGCAAGGCUACGAUCUUGAGCGCCUAAAACUCGAGCAAAAUAUGUCAGGGCCUGCAACAUCCGGUGCAAUAAAAACCAUGCGACAGAGUGCUUACUUGGUUUUGCUGACAUUACAAAAGGCAAUGAGCGGUGCCGUGUAAAUCGCUAUUGCUGCGUCAGAGACUGGUGUGGUCCUGGUUGCCCAAGAUGUUUGGUUCAUAAAAAUUAUUCGAACUUGUAAUGUAUACAGUUCUUUUAAGAUCAUUGAGGCAUGCUGUGUACCUAUCCUACGAUCGAUGGUUUCAUCAGACCGCCCAAGAGUAACAUUUAUGGAUAUAUUUCAAGAUUCAAUGCUUGCUUAACUUUUAUCCACUGGCUUCACGACAUAGCAAUGAAGAGAAAGCUGCUACGGUAGUCGAUUAUUUUUUUCCCCUUGGAUAGCACUCAGUUGUUCUCGACACGGAGUGAUUGUCUUUGCUGCAGAGUUAUAAAUAUGCCAAAUGGACUUGUUACAUCCAAACAUGCUAAAUCGUCCUGACCGCAAACUGCUGAAACUGUUCGCAUGUACUCUAUGUUAUUGUUGUCUGGGAUAGUCACCAGGGACCUUCAAUAUAUGAGGCUCGAAUUCUCAUUA